GAAAAACACGGGCCUGGUAACUUCGUCGUAAAUUAAAAAACACGGGCCUGGUAACUUCGUCGUAAUGUUACGAGGAAGUUACGAGGAAACCGUUUUUAUAUAUAUGGGAGAAGUCGAAGAUACGAGCACUGCUCGUAUCUUCCUCCCUAACUCCUCUCCCCCUCUAAGGUAACUUUCUCUCUCUAUCUUUUUUUUUUUUUUAUAGUUUAGGUUGUUAGUUUAGGUGAUUAGUUUAGGGAAUUAGUUUAGGUGAUUAGUUAACGGAAUUAGUUUAGAUGAUUAGUUUAGAAAAUUAUUUUAAACAAUUCGUUUAGGAUAUAUAUUAAUUUAAUUUUUUAAAUUUUCUAGAUGGCUCCUAGACCGAGACCAGCAGCUCCUGCACCUACGUAUGCGGAUUUGUUUGGCGAUGGAUCUUCCUCUAGCGGUCCAUCGUCUUCUUCCGGGACAGUUCCAGACUCUCACACAUCUCGGAGAGUUCCUUCGACCCCUCCUCCUCUUCCAUCUCAGAUGCCUCCCCCACGAGCUCCACCUGUCGCCCCGGAUCAGCCUGCCCCACCGGCUGCAGUUCAUCCCGAUUUGCGGGUGCCAGCUCAUGCACCAUUCGCAAGAUACACCGUCGAGGAUUUGCUUGCCCAGCCCGGACGAGAGGGUUUACACGUUCUGGACCCCGAUAGACCCCCGGGUACUUAUUGGUUUGGGGCUAACAACCGUGUUAGCCGGAGCGUUUCAGAGACGAUGAAGGGAUAUUAUGACGGCCCUUAUCCCAACUGGACCAUGACUCCCGAUCACGUCAAGACGACGUGGUUUAAAUGUUUUGCGGUAAUUAUAUUUACAUAUUAUUAAUAUUUAUAUUGUUAAUUAAAUAAUUAUUAUUUUUUUUCUAAUCUUUUAAAAUGUUUGUUUUUUCAGCAAAGGUGGAACUGGUCCGUAGGAAUCACCGAGAGGGUGAAGAGCGAAUUUAUUGCAAAGGCGAAAACUCGUCUUUGCAACACCGUCUCCGAUUGGAAGGACAAGUGGGAGAUUUACGGCUAUGAGGGGAAGCCGAGCGGGGUCACAAAGGAAGCAUGGGAUGGCCUCAUCACCUAUUGGAACGAACCCAGCUCCAUCCGCAAAGCCAACUCCUGCUCCGCUUCCCGAAGA